AUGUCCGGGAAUGCAUACCUUCCCGCAAUGAAGGUCAUGGCAAGCUCGUUGAAGGCCUCACGCAGUCGUAGCAAGCUGUUGGUGAUGCUUGUGACGUUACCAACACCGGAAUUAGAGGCACUCGCCGAAUGCCUCGACUUCUACAUGGUGAUAGUGCCGGUCCUCUCAAACCCGGAGCUGACGAAAGCGUCUUGGGCGGGCACGUACACGAAACUCUCAGCUUUCAGGCUGAAGGCGAAGCGCAUUGUCUAUCUGGAUCUCGACACGGUUGUGCUGCGGAAUCCAGAUGAAUUAUUUUCCGUUGCGCUCGACUUUGGUUUCAAUGCAGCUCCAGAUGUGGGAAAGGACUGGCAAAUGAACGCUGGAGUGUUCGUGGUGGAGCCAACAGAAUUCCUGUACAGAGACAUCAUAUCCUUUGCUCAAGCCACGCCCAUCAUACCCAAGCCGUGGUAUGACGGAGGUGACCAGGGCUUGCUGAGCUACUACUUUCGAAACAAGUGGAGCAAGGCCACAGCUUUGCCAGAGAGAUUCGACACCGAGAAGUACGCGGAAGGGAUUCGCAAGAAUAUCGAUAUCGACUCCAAAGUGAUCGUCCACCUUUGCGGAUCUCGAAAGCCGUGGGACCUUACAGAAGCGGACAGGAAGCAAGUGACGGAAUACUGGCCGCAGUCCUACGCGGCCUGGUGGCGAGCAGAAGCAGAUUUUAAGCAACGAUACGUGGGAAAAUGCCCGCGGCAACUCGUGCAAUGA